GGAAAAGCUUGUGGCAUAGAAUUGUAACUGAUACCGGUAUUUAAAUUAAUUUACGAUCAUAAUUAAACGGAGAUGUGCAUAGCAAAGCGCGCACAAUAAAAACAUAUAACAUCUGCGUGGGAUGCAGCCUGUGUCGGCCGCAUUAAUUCAAGCUAUACCAAAUAGUGAUCAUUGUGGAAAGACAAAUUUUGCCCAUAACGGAGUGACUAGAAAUCACACAACAAACAUCAUCAGCUGCAGCAACGUCAGAACAAUUGAUAACAUAAACGACAUUAUUACCGACAAUAGUAAUAGUUUAUCAAUUAACAAUGACGUUGGUGGCGAAAUCGUUGCGGAACUAGUUGGGAAUGCAACAACAGCUAGUGCAGCUAAGAAUCAGUUGGAACAAUUGAAUACAAUGCGCGAAGCGCUCUUUUCUCAGGAUGGCUGGGGAUGCCAGCAUGUCAAUCAAGAUACAAAUUGGGAGGUGCCCAGUUCACCGGAGCCGGCUAAUAAGGACCCAUCUGGGCCGCCCAUGUGGAAGCCCAGCAUAAACAAUGGUACGGAUUUGUGGGAAUCGAAUUUGAGAAAUGGUGGCCAACCGCCAGCACAACAACAACCGAAGCCUUCUUGGGGCCAUACGCCCUCAUCGAAUUUGGGUGGCACUUGGGGCGAAGAUGAUGACGGGGCAGACAGCACAAGCGUUUGGUCAGGCCCGGCAAGUGCUGCAGCACCGGCGGCUGCUGUUGGUGUCAAUGCUGCUGGCGUUGGCACUGGUGUCGGGUCAUCGGCGGGUCCUCAAUGGGGCCAGGGUGUGGUAGGCGUGGGCCUUGGAACCACAGGCAAUAACAAUUCUGCGGGUGCUGGUGCCCUGCCUGUGGUAACCCCAGGAGGCAGUAGUGGUUCUAGCAACAUUGCAGCGCCAGGAGCAGUUGCCGGAGGUGGGGGUAAUGUUGGUAAUACUGGGAACGGCUGGGGAGAUCCCCGGGAGAUACGUCCUCUCGCAGGAGGCCCAAUGGAUAUUCGCAGUGUCGAUCCGCGUGAUCCUAUGCGUGGUGCACCUUCAGGGGAUCCACGUGACAUGCGCAUGUUAGAUCCGCGCGACCCUAUACGUGGUGAUCCCCGUGGUAUAUCUGGCCGACUUAAUGGAACGUCCGAAAUGUGGGGACACCAUCAACAAAUUUCCCAUAAUCAACUUCCAACGUUGAACAAGAUGGUCGGUCAAGUUGUUGGAGGUGCUGGAACGAAUGUAGCUGCAACAGCUGGUGGUAUUGGUCCUGGUGGUGUUGCUGGUGCCGUGUCUGCGAACAUUGGAGCACAGUGGGGCACAGCUCAGGCUGUAGUGGGUCCAAAGGAUAUCUCCAAGCAAAUAAGUGGCUGGGAAGAACCAUCGCCGCCACCUCAGCGUCGAAAUAUACCAAACUAUGACGAUGGCACGUCGCUUUGGGGACAACAAACUCGAGUACCUGGUGGUGGUACGCACUGGAAAGAUAUGACCGACCCAAUGAAUCGCAGCCAUUUGAUACGCCAAAAUCAAGCAGCCGGCUUAGUUGGCAGCGGCAUUGCGGGAAAUAACAAUGUACCGGGUGGUAAUCCCAAUAAUCCCAUGACGGCUGUCGUUGGACCUCAAGCUCGCCUAGCCCCAUCGAUUGUCCCUAGUGGUGUGGGAGGGCAACAUAAGCCGGACGGAACCAUGUGGGUACACCCAAGCAAUAGUGGCAGAAAUCCCGUAACCUCGUGGGGCGAUGAAAGCCAUAGCGUCGGUGGUCCCAAUGUCGCUGGCACCAAUUGGGCCGACGACAAGCCAAAUGCUGGCCUUGCACAAAUCGGCGCUAGCUCAAAUUCUUGGAGUGACAACCAGUCCGGUGGUGGUUGGGGUAACAAGCAAAGCAAACUGCCAACAGCAAGUGCCACUUCUGGCUGGAGUACGGGAGCUGGUGUUGGUGUCAAUGAUAGUGGUGACAUCAGCACUGACUGGAGUGCCCAUGGAGGCAUUGUGGGAAAAUCACAACAGAAGCUUCCUGGCAUUAAUGUGGGAGUAGGGGUCCUCAAUCCGGAUAUGAUCAAACAGAGCAAACAAUAUCGUAUACUUGUUGACAGCGGAUUUAAGAAAGAGGAUGUUGAACGUGCUUUAGUAAGUGCCAAUAUGAAUAUUGAGGAAGCAGCUGACAUACUGCGAGCCAAUUCAUCACUAGCUAUGGAAGGCUGGCGCCGUCAUGAUGAAACACUCGGUUCCUAUGCUGAUCAUUCGAACUCUACAAGCACCGGCGGUUUUCCUGGACGUUAUCCUGUUGCUGCCGCACAACCUUCGAUGUCAUUCCCUCCGAAUAACCUAAUGGGUGGAACUGCCGUAACAGGAGGCAGCAACAACCCCAACAUAGCCGCCCUGCAAGUGCAAAAAUAUUUGAGUCAAGUUCCACACACCGUAGCUGUCGGACCUCAGUCAGUUAAUUCAAAUGCUUCGGUAGCAUUUGGUCAGAAUGCAGCAAAUGCAGCAGCAGCUGUCAACAUCGCAUCAAAUACUAAUAAUCAGCCGUCUGGUCAGCAAAUACGCAUGCUUGGACAGCAAAUUCAAUUAGCUAUACAUAGUGGCUUUAUAUCCAGUCAAAUAUUGACCCAGCCACUAACACCAAAUACCCUUAAUCUCUUGAAUCAACUACUUAGCACUAUAAAGCAUCUCCAAGCCGCGCAGCAAUCACUAACACGAGGCAAUAGUGCAAAUCCUAUGGCUGUCAAUGUCGCUAUCGCGAAAUACAAGCAACAAAUUCAAAAUUUACAAAGCCAAAUAAAUCAACAACAAGCAAUCUACAUUAAACAACAGAAUUUGCAGCAAAACUCACAACAGCAACAACAUCCGCCUGCACAUGCAAGCAGUGAAUAUUUGAGAGGCCAUGAUGCUAUAACAGCAAUGCAGGGCAGCUUUUCCGAACUCAAUCUAAAUAAGCAGCCUAGUGGAUAUCAAGGAGCGCCAAAUCAACAAUCCAGAUUAAAUCAAUGGAAGCUUCCAGUAUUAGAAAAGGACAUGACUGCAGAUAGCACGGACUUUUCACGUGCUCCGGGUGCAACAAAGCAAAACUUAACAAGUAACUCAAACAAUAUGGGUCCAUUGGGCUUACAAAAUGAUGGUACAUGGUCAACUGGACGGAAUAUUGCAGACGGUUGGCCGGAUCCAUCACCUGAUAACGAGAAUAAAGACUGGUCAGUUGCUCAGCCAUCUACAGCAACUACUUACACUGACUUGGUGCAAGAGUUUGAACCUGGAAAGCCGUGGAAGGGUUCUCAGAUCAAGAACAUAGAAGACGAUCCCAGCAUAACUCCAGGUAGCGUAGCUAGAUCUCCGUUGUCCAUAAAUCCGACGCCAAAAGAUGCUGAUAUUUUUGCCAACCCUGGCAAAAACUCUCCGACUGAUCUGCCACUAAGUUUAACGUCGUCAACAUGGAGUUUUACCCCAAACCAAAAUUUCCAAAGUUGGGCAGACAACACUCAACCAUGUGCCACCUCUGAACUAUGGGCAAGUCCUUUAAAUAAAGCAGCACCUCGAGGACCACCGCCAGGAUUAAGUACAAACAAAUCUGGCAGCGGGGCUACGGUUACAACAACAUGUACGGCUGCCGGAAACGUUAACGGCUGGUUAGCUAGUCGAGGUGUUCCAAGCACCAACACAACCUGGACAGGAGGUAAUACUUCUUGGGCCUCAUGUUGGCUGCUCCUGAAAAAUCUUACUGCGCAGAUUGACGGUCCUACCUUACGUACCUUGUGUAUGCAACAUGGCCCCCUUGUUAGUUUUCACUUAUAUUUAAACCAAGGAAUUGCCUUAUGUAAAUACGCAACGCGGGAGGAGGCUAACAAAGCACAAAUGGCUCUAAAUAACUGUGUUCUCGGUAAUACUACAAUAUUUGCUGAAUCGCCAAGUGAGAAUGAAGUACAGAAUAUACUGCAACACUUGCCACAAGCUCCGUCCUCAACCAAUUCCGCAAUAACACCGAGUGGAAAUAACGGUGGCAACGGCAAUGGUGGCUCUGGCAACAAUGGCGGCGGCUCCAGUGCUGGCGGAAAUGCACCCGGUGUUGGAGGUGGCGGCGGUGGCAACAAUGGAAGCAAUGGUAAUGGCGGCAACAACGGACCCAAUGCAGCCAAUCUGCUUAGCACCAGCGGUGGUAACAAUGGCGGAGGAGGCGGCAACGGUGGUCCCGGCUCUGUCGGUAGCACUAGUACAGUAAGCACCAGUAAUGUAAGCAGCUCAGUUAAUGGUGGUGCCGGCGGCGGCGGUGCCGGUGGUGGUGCUGGAUCAACUGGUAAUAACGGUGGCAACAAUGUUGGGAAAAAUACCUCGAACUGUGGUAAUAACUCGGCUGCGUCACAACCGAACGUUUCAAGCGUAACAACCGCCGUUGGCAAUAACUCGACGUGGCGCCAAACUACUCCGAAUCAGGCGGCACUUCAAGGACAAGCCAGACCAACCGGUAGAGAAUCUGACUUCGAUUAUAUAUCUCAAUUUGUUUGUUCGAUUGUUGAUGACUAGUUUGACCAUGGCCACCACCUUUCUGUGACUCAAGACACACAUUAGUUUCAAAAUUGUUGAAUUUGAAUACAAUGUAUGGAUUAGCAAGAGCAUGUUGUGAAGUAUAUAAAAAAAAAAAGUGGAUCGACUGAUAGACGAAUGGACUUAGAAUUUUGUAUGCAUGUAGAUUUAUUUUUCUUUAUCGUUCAUAGAGUUAUAGGGUUGUAAUAUGUAAGAUGAAAAUUGAAAACCAAUAUAUGUACUUCGAACUAGUACUUGAAUCGUUUGCUUAUAUAUUGACUUGCAUACAAGUGUUCCGACUCUUUCGCUCCCAUUUAUUAGAUUUGUGGGGUGACCCGUUCAGUUUAUAGUAAUCCAACGUCCUCUAUGUUUUUUUUUUGUUUGUGUUUGUAUUCCCAAAAAAUCACCUGUGUUAUAUAAUAGGAAGUUAUAAUCAUAUUACGGUUUUGCUUUCACUAAAGCAUUCCCACCGAAAUAAUUCGGUUAUACAUAAUUAGCUCUCAAUAAAAUACCAAUGAAGUUAAUUAGAAAA